UGUUCCCAAACUAGCCCUUAGGGGACGAAAUUUAGGGGACGUUGCUGAAGACAGCCUAAGAAGGCUUGAGGUUACUAAUAAGCGGCCUUAAGAACCAUUGCUGUUGAAUAUUCGGCAUGGCGAGCACGGGCGCACUUGCGCACACCCGGUUGAAGCAAGCGUCGCAACUUGCAUUAGUCGCAUGUGGAGUGGACCCGUCGCCAUGCAGCUGCUAGGAGUGCUCGCCGAUAAUGGGCAGUGGUCGGGCGCCGGCGCGGCGAGGUUUGGGCUUCAGGACACCGGCAAGGCGGCAAGGCUUGGCUUGGGUUCACAAAACUGAUUUUAAAAACGUAGCAGGCCUCCCGCAUAGUCGCGGGGUUUUCCAGUCUUCGAGGCAAACGUUUGGGCUUGGGCCUCCCGCACGGCCACACUCCACGGGGAUGCUUCUCUGCACAACUGAACUACCAACCAAACAUCCGAAGAAACCCAACUAAAACCACAGGGAAACCUCAAGCUCACACCGUUACACAUCCUCCUCCGUCCACCCUGUCCUCCGGUCCCCCGUCAUCAAACCCUUCCAAUCUCGUCUUCCCCACACCCGUACCCAUCAGAUUCUCCGGGAGGGGGAGGGUAGCUGAAGGGCACCCAGUGGGCGCAAUGCGCGUCCUCGCCGUGGUCCUCCUCGCCGCAGCGUGCGCGGCGGCGGCGGCCGGAGGCGGCGGGGAGCUUCCGGAGUUCCGGGAGGCUCCUGCGUUCCGCAACGGCGCGGCCUGCGCGGGCGCGCCGACGAUCCACAUCGCGAUGACGCUGGACGCCACCUACCUGCGGGGCUCCCUCGCCGGCGUCCUCUCCGUGCUCCGCCACGCCGCGUGCCCGGAGUCCAUCGCCUUCCACUUCGUGGCCUCCUCGGCGUCCCCGGCGCGCCGCCUCGCCUCGCUCCGCCGCGCGCUGGCGGCCGCCUUCCCCACGCUCCCGGCCACCGUGCACCGCUUCGACGCGCGCCUCGUCCGGGGCAAGAUCUCCUCCUCCGUCCGGCGCGCGCUCGACCAGCCCCUCAACUACGCUCGCAUCUACCUCGCGGACCUCCUGCCGCGCUCCGUCCCCCGCGUGCUCUACCUCGACUCCGACCUCCUCGUGGUCGACGACGUCGCCCGCCUCUGGGCCACCGACCUCGGCCCCGACGCCGCCCUCGCUGCCCCCGAGUACUGCCACGCCAACUUCACCUCCUACUUCACCGACGCGUUCUGGCGCCACCCCGAGUACGCCGCCGUCUUCGCCAACCGGACGCGCGCCCCCUGCUACUUCAACACCGGGGUAAUGGUCAUCGACCUGGACAGGUGGCGCUCCGGCGGGUACACCGCGAAGCUGGAAUACUGGAUGGAGGUGCAGAAGCAGGAGGCCAGGAUUUACGAGCUGGGCUCCCUCCCGCCGUUCCUCCUGGUGUUCGCCGGCGAGGUCAAGGCCGUGGGGCACCGGUGGAACCAGCACGGGCUCGGCGGCGACAACGUGGCGGGCCAGUGCCGGGAGCUGCACCCCGGUCCGGUCAGCCUGCUGCACUGGAGCGGGAAGGGGAAGCCGUGGCUGCGGCUGGACGCCGGCCGGCCGUGCCCACUCGACGCGCUCUGGGCGCCCUACGACCUCCUUCGCCGCCGCGGUGCCCGGGACGAUCUCCUCGAUGCCGUCGCCUGACAAUGCUGUCCCCGCAUUGCUGGAGCGCGAUCGAUUCAUAUGCCACGGCCCACGGCGCUUGGCUGCUCCGCUCACUCCGCCGUCCCACGGGUCGAUGUCGGCGUCGGUCCGCCGAGUCACUGAUACAUUAGUCCCACCUGGACACUCCGCAUGGGUCCCAUUAUGGGUCCAUGCUGUCAGUCGUUAUGGCGUUGGUUGGAGUGGCGCUGUCGGUACUGAAAUUCGUCGGGCCCACACGUUGGUGGCGGAUGGGGGUUUUGUGGUGGGGGCCGAGGUGAAAUGCAGACAUGGGCUGUGUACAGCUGUUUUUUUGGCCUGUUGGGACCAUAGAUCCUAUAUAUUCUUUAUUUUGUUCAAAUUCUUACUUUCAUAAUAGGCAAAAGUAGUGCAGACACAGGUUUUAUCACCAUGGGAUAAAACUGGGUAUAUUUGGAGUUAGUGUUGUGUGUGUACAACUGUACAUGUAUAGUAUAAGUCCAUGAUCGUCGUUGGUUAGAGUUUAGUUUGCGGAAACAAGGAGUGUUGUUCUUGGGAAAUGUCGCUUGGUGUAGUCUUAUUUUUUUUUGUACUAAGUACCAUGCUGCUAUUUAUAGUUCGUUGAUCGCAGUGCAGUCAGCCAGAUUUGACG